GCUGAGAGCAUGAAGAACGUUGCUCUAUCAUUGUGUGCCAUCCCUGCAGCUUCCGAGUGUCCCAAAAUGAAAAAGGAAAAGAAGAACUUUACGGAGAGGAUCCUGAAUCACGCCCUGGGAAUCAUUUACUUGCUGACAGGAGAGGAAUAUGUCAUUGUGAAGAAGAAUUCUCCUCACAGCGCCACCCAUCUGCUGACCGGAGAGGUGCCGAUAAAAUGUGGGGAUAUCUCCAUCUACUUUUCAAUGGAGGAGUGGGAUUUUAUAGAGGAACACAAGGAUCUCUACCAGGAAGUAACGCUGAAGAAUCAAAAGAUACUUCAUUCAUCUGAAAUUUUAGAAGAUAUCAUUGCAGAUAGCCGUGAACGUGAUGAAACUCUGCCGCUGGAUGAGGAUGUGAGUGGAUGUAACACUCAGCAGGUGGAAGUGUCGCACACAGUCUGCACAGUUCCUCUACCAGAUUUUACAGACAGACUGGAAGCGCCUGGUGAGAAAGAACCGUGUGAGACCAAUGAAAAUGACAUUUUACAAGUGGAAAUUGAUUCAGAGAACUAUUUGGGUGAAUAUUACACUAGUCAUAUAUCUGAUGAUGGGCAGGUAGAGGAACACUUUGCAAGAAUUCGGGAGCAGGAAAUCCAUGGUGAUACGUGGACAGUACACCCUGUUCCUCCCGAUAGCUUCAUGGACAGACCUCUUCAAGACGAACCUUACAAUAUGACCUGUUCACCUAAUGGGUCGGUCGAUGACGAUAUGAGCAUAUUUCAUGGCUUUCAAGAAGAAGACUCAUCGGCCAGGUCCCCUUCCUAUGAAACAGGGAAUGUCAUGUUUUCCCUGGCAUCUGAAGAAUGUGAACCAGGCUUGCUGCACCUCAGCGAGAGCUAUGGCGGUACUAACCGUGAUAAACCAGCGGGUAAGAAACGGUUAGAGGUGAGGAAUGCUCGAAAGACAUCCGAAAGGCUUAGUAAGUUAUCUGCUCGUGUCACCGAACAAACGGAACAAGGUGGGGAGACAAACCAUCAAUGCAAUGAUUGCGGGAAAUACUUUGAUUACAAGUCCAACCUUAUCAGACAUCAGAGAAGUCACACCGGUGAAAAACCGUACGGCUGCGAAGAAUGCGGUAAGCGAUACGCCACCAAAUCUCACCUGACCAUCCACAAGAGAACACACCUCAGCGGGAAGCCUCACCAAUGCAAUGAGUGCGGGAAGCACUUUACGUACAAGUCACAGAUCGCAAUGCACCAAAGGACGCACACUGGGGAGAAGCCACACACCUGCAACUUGUGCGGAAAGAACUUUGCCUACAAGUCGUAUCUCAUCAUUCACCAGAGGAUCCAUUCGGGGGAACGUCCGCAUGUUUGCCCCCAGUGUGGUAGAUGCUUCACAGACAAGUCCAACCUUCGCAAGCACCAAAAUACUCAUGUAGAAAACAAGCCUUAUGACUGCAGAGAGUGCGGCAAACGCUUUAAUUCCAAAUCUAGCUACACCACACAUCAGAGGACGCACCAGGGAACCAGACACAAAUAGUGGCUGAGGGUUGCUAAUCAAAAGGCGGCAGAAUUCUGGCUCCGUUUGCGCCCGAAAAACUGGCACACCACAUUUAUUAAACGUUUUAGACAUUUUCUCUCGACUUGUCCGACAGGGGGGUCUUAUUGGGAAGGAGCAUUGCCUACUGGAAAAGGGGUCUGGUUUAAGCUGCAAAAAGGUGCACCAAAAUUCUGACGGAAAGUAAGCCAACUAAUGGGUGGUAUAAAAUUUGGCUAGACAGUCUAAGGUGCGCCAAGUUUGUCAUCCAGAAUCCGCCUCUGUGGUAAAUCUGGUACCUUUUUAGACCCCCUGGUCUAAGUCUAAAAAUGAGACAGUAUUAGUAAAUCUGGUCAGGUACGUCUUGCACCUGUCAUAGUGCACCCUUGUACCCUGCACACAGAGAGGAUUAGUAUUUCUGAGCUGAAUGUAUAUAAAUUCACUAGAAAUUAGUGAAUUGAAUUCAAUAGCCUUCCAUUAAAUGUCAGCUUCAGCUGUGCGAAUGCCAUAAAGUGCGCCAUCCAUUGUGUUUUGUGAGGGGUCCACUUCAUUUUCACCAAAGUGGCAGAUGGAUUUGCCAGCACGUUAUGUUUUUGAGGGCACCUCAAGCCUGGGCUUUACAGGGCAAAAGCCCAAUAAGCUAAGAUGUGUCAAGCAGGAAGCUAGAAGGACCUCUGGAUAGGAGAGAUGCAUAGACUCUAGAACCUCACCAAUGGACCAAUGGAGUUGUACGUACAUCUGGCAUCUGUUCCUGUAGCCUCUUUAGGAGGACUCUCCCGACUUCAAGUAUUUUGAGAGUCCCAGUUCCAUGGGAGAUCUUCAACGUAGAUAAGAUAGGGCAUAUCCAGUGAUCUGUGAGAGCUGACAUGGUGGCCAAGGAUCCAUUCAUUCAGUACUUUGACAUUUCUCUAGUUUUGGAGAAUACACUUUUGGAAGUAAAAGCAGAGUGUUUCCCAUAGGGAUCAAUUAUGUUUAUUACUAAUAUGAUCGAUUUACAGAGAUUUAAAAAAAAGUACUCUUGUGGUCUGGAUAUAGAUUCACGAUUGCAAAUUAUAGAUGUGCUGACACUGGCUGACCUGUUACAUGUGCACUUGGCGGUUGAAGAUAUCUGUGUUGGACCCAUGUUCAUAGGUGCCCGCAGGGAAUCUGUCACC